AUUUCCGCUUGGAAAUUGAACAGCUCCUGGGAAAAUGGACAUCUGUAUUGAUUUGCAAACUAACUAUGCUGAGCUGGUUCUGGAUGUGGGAAGAGUCACUCUUGGGGAGAAGAAUAGAAAUAAAAUGAAAGAUCGUCAACUGAGAAAAAAGCAGAAUGAUAAAAUCUCACGAGCUGUGUGUGCUGAACUGAAUUCUGGAGGGGGCGUGAUCAAGGCCGAAAUUGAGAAUGAAAACUAUAGUUUCAAAACUGAUGGAAUAGGAUUAGAUUUGGAAAAUUCUUUUGGGAAUUUGCUUCCGUGCGUUCGUAAAUACCUGGACUUCAUGCAGCAAGAUAAUUACUUUCUUAUUUUUGUCAAAUCAUGGAGCUCAGAAAUCCCUGGUCUGAAAAUUGUCACCUUGAGCUCCAAUUUGUACAAAAGAGAUAUAACAUCUGCAAAAGUCAUGGAUCCCAUUGCUGCACUGGAGUUCCUCAAAGACAGGAAAGAAAGAGGAGAGGUAUUGUCUCCAAAACCGUUAUCGCCGCCAAAGAGGUUGUGUUUUGGUGUACAAGAAGAAAGUAACAUAGAGGCCGCAGCUGCUGACUUUUUUAACAGGACGAAACUUAAGUAUAAAGAAAAACUCACUUUUACUGAAUCCACGCAUGUUGAAAUGAAACAGUUCUCGACAGAAAAGUGGUUUCAACGCAUUAAAGAGAUUCUCCCUCAGUAUGUUUCUGCAUUUGCAAAUACUGAUGGGGGAUAUUUGUUUAUUGGUGUAAAUGAAGAUAAACAAGUGAUUGGCCUUAGAGCAGAAUCAAGUGACCUUGACAAGUGGAAAGGAGAAAUAGAAACAUCCAUUAGGAAGCUGCCUGUCUAUCACUUCUGUGGGAGGAAUAGGGAGAUAAAAUACUCACACAAAUUCCUUGGAGUAUAUGAUGAAGGACAUCUUUGUGGGUAUGUUUGUGCUCUCAAAAUACAGCGAUUCUGCUGUGCGGUGUUUGCUAAAGAGCCGGACUCCUGGCAUGUGGAAGACAACCGUGUGAGGCAGAUGACCGUGAAUGAAUGGAUCCGGUUCAUGGUGGAUGCUGAACCAAGUGAGGAAGGACCACAUUUUUCCAGCUUAUUUGAAGAGAUGGGGCUUCAGCGAAGUAGGUUGUCACCAAUUCCCCGGAGUCAGCCUCUUGAUAAUUGUAAGCAUUUGGAAAGUUGGGAGCAGAGAUGUCACCUUCCAGGUAGUUUUAUUCUGGCUUCUUUGGACUUUUUAUUAUCAUUAUUUCCAUAUCUAGUGCCAUCAGAAAAGACAACAUAUGUUCCAGAAGCUCUCUACAUGAAACUACUCUUACAACAUGAAGGACUUGCACAGGUAGUACAUAAAGCAGUGGGCUCUGUUCAUCAAGGUACAUUGAUCUUUUCUAGGAGCUGGUCUUUGGAUCUAGGCUUACAAGAGAACGAAAAUGUCAUCUGUGAUGCUCUUCUAAUUUCCAAGGACUGUCCACCAGUCCUCUAUACCUUCCUCAGGGUACUGGAUGAGGGGUUAAAAAGCUAUUCUAUACAAACUGCCUUAACUUUAAAGCAGAAACUGGCAAAAAUUGGCGGUUACACCGGGAAAGUGUGUAUCCUGACAAAGACCUUAUCCUUGAGUGAAGAAUCUUCUACCUCAACUGAAGGCAGUGCAGGGCUUCAUCAUGGUUCAAGCCUCCCAGCACUUUACCCUAUGCCGUACAAUUGUAUAACCAGUGAAACAAUGAAAGACUUGAAGAAGGCCCUUUUUGUAGUCUUAAAGAGACAGAGAUCUUCGAGUGAGCAGUUUGCCUCUGAGGUUUCUCAGCACCUCUUACAGUAGUCAGUAUGGAUUGUCUUCAGAGGAAUGACCAAGGGUAUUUAAAUCUUGUCCAAGGCUCACUUCAAUCAUGGAAUGUGCACCUGGCUACAAAGAUGUUUUUAAUUAUAUAGUCAAUGAUAUCUUCACAUUCUGUGAAAAUAUGCCUUUGAAAUCCCACAGAGUUGCAAAGCAACUUGAUGGGAUGCAGGAAAAUCAAUUUUAGUCUUUAUUUACUUCUUCCUAAGUGAUAUUCACAGAUGUUGCUUAAGCGUUGUUAGGAAAAUUAAUUUUUUAAUUACUAUGUGCACAGUUCAUUAUUUACUCUGUGCAUAGUUCAUGGAUAAAUUUUCUUCCAUUUUUAAAUUGGGAAAAAUUGUAGUACUUUUAUUUUUAACAGCAAUAACAACAAUGAAAAUCUCCCAGGAUAUACCCAGAAAACAUUUAUAACUUAGAAAAGAUUAUCAUUGAUGACACUCACAGUUUCCAUAAUGGAAAUGAAAGGGAAAGCAAAAUUUAUUACUCCUUCCCUCAAAAUUCUCUAAGUCUUCUUAGACUGCUUUUACACUAUUCACUUGGAGGAGUUACAGCUUUUCCCCUUGCUCAGCUGUAAAACGGUGACAAUAGUAGACUGUGAAAAUAUGUUUAUGUAAUAUAAUACCUAGACCAAACACUAUGAAAGCUGUACAAA